AUGGCGAAACGUAUCCGUCUUGGAAUCGUUGGCCUGUCGGCGGACCCCAGCCAUUGCACCAACUUCAUCCACAAGCUGCCCCUGACAACUACAGCAUUGAGUGAAAACUAUGAGAUUGUUGCGCUAUCUAUGUCAUCAGCCGAGAAAGCCGUCGCCGCCGCGAUCGCUCACGGGCUGCCGCAGGAUAAAGGGUAUCACAAUGUUAACACACUAGCUAAAGACCCAGAGGUUGACCUAGUGGUGGUAUCAGUAAAGGUACCUCGUCGCGCUGAGCUUGCAAUGGCUGCUAUCAACGCAGGAAAGGAUGUCUAUGUUGAGUGGCCCUUUGCUUCUAACCUUGCUGAAGCUGAAGCUCUGGCACAGCGAGCUCGUGAGCAGCAGGUGAAGAGCAUGGUGGGCUUGCAGACUAGGCUCGCACCACAGGUUCUGAAGGGAAUUCUACUUCAGAUGAAGGAAAUUAUUGAAUCCGGGACUUUGGGCCGAAUCCUCGGUACCAGUCUACUAGUGACCGAUGACCUAUUCAUGAAAUUCCACGCUGAUAAGAGGCAUUCUCAUGAUAAAGCAAAUGGAGCGAACAUUGUGACGAUUGCUGGAGGCCAUCUCAUCGACACCAUGGUCUUCCUUCUCGGAGAGUUCACCACUAUCCAUGCUCAAACAAGCAUGCAGUUCCCAAAACCAGUUCUAAAAGAUGCCCAAGGGAACGCAAAGACUGGCCAGUUCAACGAUGCUCCAGACACGUUCACGCUUCACGGAAGAAUGGGAGACCAAAACAUCCCUACUUCCUGGAUCGUGACAGGGGAGAAAGGGUCUUUGAAGAUGGAAGGCCCGAGUUUGAUGAUUCAUGCUAUCCCUCCCCGAUUGUUCCAGACGGCUACUGGCUCAGGGGGCGCGGCAGAGUGGCAGGAGAUCCAUCUGGAGACCACCACGGUGCAGGGAGCAGAGUAUCAGGCCUGGAUGGAAAAUGAUAUGACUCGCAUAGUCACCCUAGAUGACGCAGUGAUUCGUUACCGCAUGAUUGAUGCCAUAUUUAGAAGUUCGGAGUCGGGUAAGCCCACGACAUACAGCUGUACUUAG